AUGUCUUCCAACCCUUCGACUGUUCAGAUGAGGUCCAAGGGCUUUCGCGAUCUUCCGCUAGAGGUGCGCAACAGGAUAUAUGCGAUUAUUACCAACAACAAGGAGCGUCUCAUUGAGAAACAUGUCAGCCGUCGCAGUACGACCACGACCAGCGAUGCUUUUUGGGAAGCGCGUGGAUACUACGGCUUGACCCAGGCUUCGCGCCAAACACGACAAGAGUUCCGCCACUUGUACCUCAAAGACCGUGCGAUCUCAGUACACAUCCGUGACGCUCAGGAUUACCUCGAUACGAUCUACCCGUCAUCUGGAAAUUGCGCGUUUGACCGCAAUGCGAUUUCCCUCUGGCUCACUAUCCGCACUGAUGUGGAGCGACGCGGUAAAUACGACACGCCCAUCGAAAUCCGCCCUCUCCUUCUGAGCCUAUACAACACGAACGGGCUCGAAUUUGAAUUCACUGGCAAGGGUGGUGCUCUCUUCAAUGAGCUCUUCAUUGGCUACGAAGCGGAGUGGAGGCAAGCUGUAUCGAACGAGUUCAAGAGUGUGGAGUUGAAGGAGCCAAGUGUUUUCGGCCUGCGACUGGUGCUGAAUCCCAAAUGUCGCACACCAUGGAUCAAGCAGUGUAAGAUAUCUGUUACCAGGCUUCCGCAUGUGCCCGAAGAGGCACUGCCAUUCUUUAGUGCGCUUGGUCUCGAUACAGAAGAGGAUAUGAUCUUCGUAAGGAAGGGUGCGCCUAAGUGGCUACGCGGCGACUUCAUCAAGGGAUCCAAGUAA